AUGAUCAUCUCCCUCAAGACGGCCCUCGCGGCCUUGCUUCUCUCACCUCUGGCAGCACAGGCCCGCCCGAGAUGCCCUACGCGGGACGAGAGGGAAUGGGUCACCAUCUGGGGAACCAUGCCCCAGCUCUGCGAGCCAGCCAACCUGCCCCCGGCGCCCUUUAACGAGACGGGCCGCGUCUUCCGCGACGCGACGCUUCGCCAGACCGUCAAGGUCUCCCUCGCAGCCGCCACCCUCCGCCUGCAGAUCAGCAACGCCUUCGGCGGAUCCGACCUGCCCGUCACCGCCGUCACCAUCGCCCGCACGGCCAACAACACGGCCGGUACGAGCGGCGUCGACGCCGAAUCCCUUCAGGUCGUCACCUUCUCCGGCAGCGGCGGCUUUGUCGUCCCCAACGGCGCCAUCGUCUUCUCGGACCCGAUCGAGCUCUCCGUCGCGGCGCAGUCCAUCGUCUCCGUGACCAUCUACCUCGCCGACGGGCAGACGACCAACAGCAUAACCGCGCACCCGGGCAGCCGGACGACCUCGUUCCUCGUCAGCGGGAACCACGUUGCCGACCAGGCCAUGGGCGCCAACGCCACUCGAACGGACCACUGGUACCUGAUCAGCUCCAUCGAGGCCUGGUUGCCCAAGGGCGCGUCGGCCGUGGCCAUCGUGGGCGACUCCAUCUCUGACGGCCGCGGCUCGACGACGAACGCUAACGACCGCUGGCCCGACCGGCUGCUGGCGCGGCUCAAGGCCGAGCCGUCGACGCAGGCCAUCGCCAUCGUCAACGAGGCCGCAGGCGGGAACCGCGUGCUGGCCGACGGCCUGGGCCCGAACGGCCUAGGUCGCAUCGACAGGGACGUCAUCGCGCAGUCCGGGGUGCGGUACGCCAUCGUCUUCAUCGGCGUCAACGACAUCGGCACGGCGCCCACCACCGCGGCCGCCCAGGAGGCCGUCGGCGACAGGCUCGUGGCGGCGUACGACCAGAUCAUCACGCGGCUGCACCGCUUCGGCAUCGCCGUCUUCGGGGCGACCAUCACGCCGAUGACCGGGGAGGGCCAGACGUACGGGGAUCCGGAGCGGGAGAAGACGAGACAGCGGGUAAACGAGUGGAUCCGAACCAGCGGGCGGUUCGACGGGCUCAUCGACUUUGACGAGGUCGUGAGAGACCCCGCGGCGCCGGAGAAGCUGCGAGCCGAGUACGACACGGGCGAUCACCUGCACCUCAACCCGGCCGGGUACGAGGCCAUGGCCGCCGGCGUCGACCUGGCGCUGUUCGAGAAGUUCAAGGACGGCGCUUGGGGUAUGGUAUAG